AUGGACGCCGGGUCCUCAAGUACGACUGAGCCUCUGAACAUCGUGAUCUGCCCGUGGCUAGCCUUCGGCCACCUGCUCCCGUACCUGGAGCUGGCCGAGCGCCUGGCGUCGCGCGGUCACCGCGUGUCCUUCGUCUCCACGCCGCGCAACCUCGCCCGCCUCCCGCCGCCGCGCAAGGAUGUCGACCUGGUGGCGAUCCCGCUGCCCCGCGUCGAGGGCCUUCCCGAGGGAGCCGAGUCCACCAAUGACGUCCCCGACGAGAAGCGGGAGCUCCACUGGGAGGCCUUCGACGGCCUCGCCGCGCCCUUCGCGGACUUCCUCGCCUCGGCGUGCGCCGACGCCAGCAAGAGGCCGCACUGGAUCAUCGCUGACUGCUUCCACCACUGGGCCUCCGCGGCCGCUGUCGCCCACGACGUGCCGUGCGCGAUACUCCUCCCCACCGCCACCAUGCUCGCCGCUGCUCCCCAUCAGCCACCAUCAGCCUCGGCCGCUGCCUCCGUACUCGAAGAGCAUGCCGCGGCUGAGGCUGCGCGCCUCGCCGUACCGUGCUACGAGCGGGAGGCUGUGUCAACGGCUUACGCCGACCAGUGCGCGUCGGGCAUGUCCGUCGCCGACCGCUGGUUCCUGGCUCUAGACAAGUGCAUGGUCCUGGCCAUCCGGAGCUGCGUCGAGUGGGAGCCCGAGACGUUCAAGCUGGUGGCGCCGCUCCUCGGAAAACCUGUGCUGCCACUCGGGCUCCUGCCGCCGUCGCCCGACGGAGGCCGGCGCCGCGCCCCCGGAUCAUCAGAGGACGACACCACCCUGCGAUGGCUGGAUGCGCAGCCGCCGGGCUCCGUGGUGUACGUGGCUCUGGGUAGCGAGGUGCCGCUGAGCGUGGAGCAGGUGCACGAGCUGGCACUCGGGCUGGAGCUCGCCGGGGUACGCUUCCUCUGGGCACUUCGAAAACCCACUAGCGCCACCGUCGUCCACGACGCCGACCCCCUCCCUUCAGGUUUCCAGGACCGCAGCACCGGGCUGGUGACCAUGGGGUGGGUUCCCCAGCUGAGCAUCCUGGCGCACGCCGCCGUGGGCGGGUUCCUGACGCACUGCGGCCGGAACUCGCUGAUCGAGGGGCUGCUAUUCGGGCACCCGCUCGUGAUGCUGCCCAUCUUCGGCGACCAAGGUCCGAACGCGCGCCAGAUGGAGGCGAAGAAGGCGGGGCUGCAGGUGGCGAGGGACGAGGACGACGGGUCGUUCGACCGCCACAGCGUCGCCGCCGCGGUCCGGGCCGUCAUGCUGGACGGAGAGGCCAGGGAGGGGUUCGUGGCGGGUGCACGGAGGAUGCAGGGGGUCGUGGCCGAUAAGGAACGCCAGGAGAGAUACGUCGAGGAAUUUGUAGAGCAACUCAGAGCUUACCUAUGAUCGAUGAUGGUGAUCUCAUCUCAAUUACAUGUGUGAAACUUCCUUCAUCGACUGAAAUCAUGUGUGUAUUUUCCUUCUACAUGGUGAACAACAUCCAUUCUCUUCCAAAGCACUUUGUUACGCUCUCUAGCCCCAGCAGUGUGGUUUAAUUAACUCUUUUCCCAACAGACCAGCUCAAGCAGCAGGGUCAAAUGGAAGAUUCACAAGCUAGAAAAGUAUUCACAACCACAAAAUUUCAGAAAGAGCCUUCCUCAUCAAACUAAGAGAGAGAAGGCAGUGAGAGCAUCAUCAGCCACAAGAGCGCAAAAUAAAGGAGCAGCAAGUAUCAGGUUAACAAACAACUCUGAGCUGCCUGUGAUGAGGAGGAUUUAGCUAUUUCCUAGAAGGGGUAAAGCUAUUUUUCUCUUAAGGUAAAAGGGCAAAGAUUAACAAGAGGAGAUUGGUAACUAAUACUCUGCUACUCAAAUCUCAAAUUCAGGGUAUUCAACUCUUAAAUCAAGGGCACUGAAAUUUAUCACAAUUAACAUGCUUGAAAUGUGGAGGCGAAUUCCAGCAACUUAAG